GCCCCUCCUUCCCUGCCGCUCUAGCCUGCGCUCUCUACUCUUCCGCCAAACCGGGUGGGUAAAUGGGCGCGUGUUUGCUCCCUUCUGGCGGCCGCAAAAGGGGAAAAUCGGAAAGCUCCAAAAAGCGAAAGAAGUGCACAGGAAGGAAAGACCAACCGAAACCACUGCACUCGCCGACCUUUCUUCUACCCGCCCCGUUUCCUACUGUGUUGGCGUCUUCCUCUUUCUGUGCCCACUUUCUUUUCUACCUAUGUACAGUAUUCGUUAAACUCUGUGACCUAAUUUCACUGUUGGCAACUGCAUUUUUUUAUUUUCUUAUCCUGUUUUUCGACCUUCACCUGAGCCUUUAUAGGGGCUUCUUUUUCAUCAGGAUAUUAUCAUAUCCGAAAUUAUAGCAGGGAUUGAGAGAGAGGGAGAGGGGAAAAAAAAUUGCCAGCGGAAUGGUAAUCCUUGCUUGUGAGAGGUCACGUUCUGUUUGCUGUAUGUCUUUUAUGCCUAUCCUGUAUUGGUUUCUUUUUUCUUGAAUUAUAAUUACAAAUGGAUGUCUCUGAAACAGUCUGUCAGGAAGUUGGUAAACCGCCUUUCCUUUUACCAGACUGUGAUCCUGGACUUGUCAAGCAAGACCAUUCACACAGUCUGUCAUCUCCUUUCUUUGGCAACACUGAAUUGCAGUCUGAUGGUCCUUUCAACAGGAAAGCAGGAGGAAAGUGUAGGAUUCAAGUGUCUGUGAUUCUGCCAGUCUACAAUGCUGAGUUCUGGCUGGAUGAAUGUCUGAAGUCUGUUCUGGAUCAAGAUUUCCAAGGUUCUAUUGAACUCUCUGUUUUUAAUGAUUCUAGCACGGAUAAUUCUAUAAAUAUAAUUAAAAAAUGGAAGAUUUUGUUGGAAGAAGCAGGCAUUCCAGUAGUACUGGGAGAAAACUAUUCAACUCAUCCAGGUGGAGUUGGCUUUGCUAAAAAUUGUGCUAUUGAUCAGAGCUCAGGGGAGUAUCUCUGCUUUCUGGACUCGAGACCUCUGUGUUGCUGCCAGAAGCAUGAUGAUGUGAUGAUGCCCCAGAGAAUAAGGCUGCAGUGGGAAGCUAAUAUUAAGUAUCCAAGGAAUAUUAUAGGUUGCCAAAUUAAGAGAGAACCAGCAGAAGCAACUCAGCGCUAUACUAGGUGGAUUAAUAAUUUAACACAUGAACAGCUUCUUACUCAGGUUUUCACGUCCCAUGGACCAACAGUAAUCAUGCCAACAUGGUUCUGUUCUCGGGAAUGGUUUUACCUUGUAGGAAGAUUUAAUGAAGGAGGAAAGGGAACCCCGGAGGAUCUGCUCUUCUUUUAUGAACAUCUUCGAAAAGGUGGGGAAGUGUUUCGAGUUGACCAGUGCCUCCUCCUCUAUCGUUACCAUGCACAGGCAGCCAGUACUGCAGUUUUAGAAGAAACCAUCUGGACACACCGAGUCUUGUUUCUAGAGGAGAGAAUUCUUAGUAAUUGGACAUCCUUCACCAUUUGGAAUGCUGGCAAACAGGGCAGAAAACUUUUUAGAAGUUUAUCUCCAGCUAAUCAGAACAAAGUGACUGCAUUUUGUGAUGUGGAUAAAAAUAAAAUCACUAAAGCAUUUUACAUUUAUGAAGAAUCUAAGGAAACUUCCAAACCCAGAAUUCCAAUUCUUCAUUUCAAAGAAGCUUCCCCACCUUUAAUUAUUUGUGUGAAAUUGGAUCUCACAGAUGGACAGUUUGAGGAAAAUUUGAGCCUAUUGAAUUUGAAGGAAGAGCCAGCUUGCUGAGAAAGGUGGGAGACAUCUUAAAGAGAAAUUACCGUACAAUCUUUCACUGGCCCAACAGCUGCCAUUAUUGCUUUCAACAGUUUCCCUGCUGCUAAAUGGCACAGGCCUGCCUUCAAAAACUUUUUAGUGUGCAAAACCUGAUCUAGAACUUCCUUGGCUUGGAUGGGAAAAAGAGAUGGCUUCUCUUUUCAUAGCAUCAGAUCCAGCUGCAAUUCCCUCUCCCUGUACCUCGGGGCGUGGACAACAUGAAAGAAUGGUUUCAACAUUAGCCCCAGUCAAUGCUUUCUAUGUUGGAAACAUCUAUGUCUGUUCGCAGCAUUUUUCAGAGCAAAAUGAAAGCCUAUACAUUUCAUAUAGUAAUUUAACAAUCUUCACUGCCAGGAAUAAUUGGACUUUUCCUCAUAUGCAGUCUGUGAUGCCAGUAAUUCAUACGAAGGGAUUAAAAAGUUCCAUGUUAUAAUAUCCCGAGGCAGGUCUAAAAGAUCAGCAUGAUAUAAACAAGGUUUACUUUUAGAAUAUAGUUUAUAUCAAGAGGUUUGAAAUCAGUCUCCAUGAUGGUCAGGAAAUUAACCAGUCACUUAAGAUACUCUUCCAAAGGGCUGAGACCAGCUGUGGUAACAUGAAUAAACUUUUAUUUAUGCUUCCUCUCCAUCAGAUGUUUAUUGUUAUGAACAUCCAAAAAACAUUAAAUGCUUGUUUUAACUAAAAUUAAAUUCCUACAGAAGAAAAAAAAAUCACAUUGUCUUUUACACAAAUUUAUUUUUCCUUACAAUAUUUUUUCAUUUGUACAGACACAUUUGAAAAGGGGAAAAUACUUAUGUCAACAACUUUAACAGAAUGCUGUUUUUACUAGGGCUAUGCAUUGUUUGGGAAAUAAUUAAAAAAUAUGUGAGAGCAUAAACAUUUUAUCUUUAACCUUUAAAGUAACCAACUCUUUCCUGGGAUUGGUGCCCAUUGCUAAGUGAUUCUAAUGACACAACUGUUUUAAAGAGUUAUGCACAGUUUUUAUAUUCAUCCUGUGAACUACAUUUUGAGAAUCAAAUCCAAUAUGCUGCAUGUUCCUACUAUUUGUAUCUGAUUUUCCACUCAUUGUAAGACAAAACAAAAACAGAAACUUGUCAAGCUUUUCAAAUGCAAUUUUAAUUUUGCCAACCAAUGUUGCUUGCAUUAUUUCAGCUAGUAUUUCCUUGUACAGUUUUUUUUACCAUCAGAAAUAUUUCAAUGCAUUUUAAAAAACAUUGUCAACAUUGAAAAAGUCAGGAUAUUGUAUCAAGUUUGAGUGAUAAAUUAUACUUCUGUUUAGGAAGGUGACAGUUUUUCAGCUGGAAUCAAUGUAUCAGGGUUGAAAUCCUACCGAUUUUUAUGCUCUUCUCAAAUGGCAGGAAUGCCCACAGACUUCAUUAUACCAUUUGAUUGAUAUGUCAACUGGAUAAUUUAUUCUCAAAUGUCUUUUCUAAAAAGUGAAGCUGCUACUCUUCUGCAGAUAGGUUUUGAAAUGGUAGAUCGGGACUAUUUAUAUAAUGCAUAACUUAUUUGACAAGGUAACUUUGAUUAUAGUAAAAUUUGGAAUGCUGUAAUUUAAUAAAGUCAAACAACAGAGAGAAUAGAAACUGCAGUUAUUUGAACUUUUCAACACAAUUUAAUUUUCAGAAAGAAACACAAAACCACCAACA